AUGGAGAUCCACAAUCUUGAAGCUAAGGUUGUCAAUCUCGAGAAGUGUAAAAAAAACUCCGAGGUAAACAUGCUUCGGCUUCGCAAAUUCAUCAACCACGCCACAAGCGACAACAAGAAGCUACAGAUUGAGAACAAAGAGCUCAAGAAAAAUAUGCCAACACCGCUCGUAGAAUCUGUGGAUGUCUUACAACAGCAACUACAGCGUCGUGAGUACCAUAUUGAUAAACUUGAGGAGAAGAACCGCCAUCUCGAGCAGAAGAUCGACUGGAUGGAAACACUGCUAUUGACCGAAACGAAAAACAACCUGGAUUUGAUCAUUGACGGGGUGGAGAGGGUUGAUCUAAAACUCAUUUCUGAAGCUGCCAUUUGUCUCCUAAGCAACCACGAGUUGCAGGUGCGGAAAAUUGAUUCGGGGCGAGCAAUAGCCACGAGACCUACCUCCUGGUUCAGCUCCAGUUUGCAUAAAGUAUCAAAACUCCCUAUGCCGUUUCCCUUACGUUUCUGA